AUGACUAAACUAUCAAAGUGGCUCAAAGGAAAUCUCAAAGAUAAUAUUAAGGAAACAUUUGAAGCGACUAUUGAACAUCUGCUUAAGUUAAACCCUCCUAUAAAAAAAGGCAAUAAAAGACAGGCCUUGAUAUCUUCAUUACAAGCUUUGAUGAAAAAUGACGAAUCCGUACAUGAAGAAUACAAAUCCCUAAAUGAUAUCUCUUAUGGAGCAGGUUCUGCACAAACGCAAAAUUCAAACAAUAUCAUGAGUAAACAUGAAGUUUCUACAGAUAUUAAAGAAGCUCAAGAAAUAAAUUCACUAAAUGGACAAAAAUUUUCAUUCUUGGUAUCCAAACAAGGUUCUUAUGUGGAACCAAUUUUAGAGCAUGUUAAAAAAGCACUUUUCAGAUUUGUUGUAAAGAAUCGAGACUACAUUUUUUCUGAUACAGUAAAAGAAUUUGCACUUAAAUGCAACCCCCAUGAAAUAUUGAUUUUUCGGAUACAGACAUAUUAUGUUCUUCAAUCUUUCAAAAUUGAGGCAAGAAACCACUAUGCAUAUGAUAUAACAAAAUCCAAAGGAAAAUGGGACGAUGAAAAAUUACAAAGGCUCUCAACCUUAGCAUUAGAGUUGGUUAAUUGUCUUGGUGACGAGAAUACAUUUGAGUCAUUAUUGAUGAUAAAACAGAAUCUGAGUUCUGAACUCACAGAACAAUAUGUUUUACCAAUGAAAAGAAGACACGAAAACAAUGAGGAUGAAAUCCAAAAGAGAAAGAGGCACAUGACUGAUAAAGAACUCAGAGAGUUAAUUGAUUUCGCUCUAAACAUAGUAAAUAAACUUGAGCCAGAAAAUAAAGAAUAUUUAAAUCAAAUUGUAUGA